UCAGGUGACCUGAGGGUAGAACCACACCUGGACCAUCUGCAGACCAGAACCGAGCCGGGUCGGCGCUGAUGGAUGAGGCUGCGAAGGCAUUGAGGACUCCUCCUCAGAUGUGCUCCUACGCAGAAAAACACAACCUGUUCCAGCUGAUGCAGAACAUGUUGACCAGCCUGGUUCUGGAGCAGCCAGAAGAUCCGAUCUCCUACCUGAUCAGCUUCCUGGAGAGGCCCAACCAGGAACGUCCCCAGGUGAUGCUGCUCGGCCCUCCUGCUGUAGGGAAACACACUCUGGCCAAACGGCUGAGUGCAGAGCUGGGAGCUGUUCAUGUGAAAGCAGCCAGUUUGCUGCAGAGCCAAUCAGGGCCGAGCAGAGGCAGUGAGGGAGGUUCUGCUGCGGUUCUGGUCCAGUUGCUCCAGGAGAGGCUGAAGCAGAAGGACUGCCUCCACAGGGGUUGGGUGAUGGAGGGAAUCCCUCAGACCCGUCUGCAGGUUCUGCAGCUCCAGGAGGCCGGGAUCCUCCCAAAGCAUGUUGUGAUGCUGGAGACUCCAGAGGAUGUUCUGCUGCUGAGGAACCGAGGGAAGCUCAUCGACCCGAUCACCGGGGACGUCUACCAUCAGGCCUUCAUCCCUCCAGACGACAAAGCCGUCGCUCUGCGCCUGCAGCCCGGGCGAGGCCUGUCGGACGAGCAGCUAUUGGCCGAGCUACACCGUUACCGCUGUGAGGUCACAGCUGUGAAAUCAGCCUAUCAGCACGUCCUGCAGGUCGUCAACGGAAACCAACAUCCUGCUGAUGUCUACAAACAAGCUCUGACGUUCGUUCGGACCGGAUCUCACUUCAGAACUCCAAGGAUAGUCCUGCUGGGCCCACCGGGGGCCGGGAAGAGCCAUCUGGCCCGGCUGGUGUCUCAGAAGUAUAAAGUGGUGGACGUGAGCUGUGACCACCUGCUGAGGUCUGUGGCAGCGGAUGGUUCCGGUCCGGGAGCAGAGAUCCAGCCGUACCUUGAUGAUGGACUUCCAGUUCCAGACUCCCUGCUGCUGCGGGUUCUGGAGACCCGUCUGAGCCGGAUGGACUGCAUCUGCAGAGGCUGGAUCCUGCAUGACUUCCCCCAGAACCUGCAGCAGGCCCGGAGCCUGCAGGAGUCCCAGCACCAGCCCAACAGGGUGUUCUUCCUGGAGGCGCCAGAUGACGUUUGUCUGGAGAGACUGGUUUGGAGAGCUACGGAUCCGGUCAGCAGCGAGAUCCAGAACAGACUGCGGACCGAGGCGGUGAGACAGAGGCUGACCAGCUUCAGGAUCUGCUCUGCAGCGCUGCAGUCUGUUUAUCCAGAUGGUGUUCAUGUUGACGCCGCCCAGGACCCUCGGUCCGUGUUCCAGGUUCUGGAGAGUCGACUCUACUCCCGCUGAACCUGGACCUACGGGACCCACCUGGAUCGAUUUAUUCUUUUGUUUGUUGUUUGUUGUUCAUUGUUGGUUUUGGUUUUGUUUGUUUGGACCAACAGGAAUAAAUCCAAUAAAAAUCUUUUAGCAGGUUAAUCUCUCUUAUCCACAUAUUCCCUAAUCUGUCCUUCAUUUCAUUUUAAGGUUCUGUUGCUUUUAAGGUUUCCUCCAUUCAUUUUUGUAUUUAG